GAGAUCACUGGCAAAUUCCCUGGCUACUUAUCUCCAUCCGCCGGUUUGAAGUUCGCCGACGUGCCUAAUGGUUUGGCUGCCAUCUCAAAGGUCCCAGCCGCAGGAUGGGGUCAGAUCUUGGCCUACAUGGCUUUCUGCGAGGUCUCCCAGGAACAGACCCCAGGAAGUGCUGCGUAUGCUGGAGACUUUGGAUUCAAGGUGUUGACCGCUUCUGACCCGGCUGAGAAAACCAAAAAGCUUAAUGCCGAAAUCGCUAACGGAAGACUUGCGAUGAUGGCCAUCAUCGGCAUGUUUUUCCAGGAUGGUCUGACCGGAAGCGCCUGGGGAGACUGGGCCAACUACACAGCAUCUCCUUUGCGCGCAUUCGAGAAUGAACUCGGCGUGCAGGCGCCCGUAGGUUUCUGGGAUCCCGCCGGCUUUACCGCUGACGGAAGCGUGGAGGACUUCAAGCGACGUCGCGCCACUGAGAUCAAGCAUGGUCGCAUUUCGAUGUUGGCCACCAUGGGAUACAUCACCCCAGAGAUCACUGGCAAAUUCCCUGGCUACUUAUCUCCAUCCGCCGGUUUGAAGUUCGCCGACGUGCCUAAUGGUUUGGCUGCCAUCUCAAAGGUCCCAGCCGCAGGAUGGGGUCAGAUCUUGGCCUACAUGGCUUUCUGCGAGGUCUCCCAGGAACAGACCCCAGGAAGUGCUGCGUAUGCUGGAGACUUUGGAUUCAAGGUGUUGACCGCUUCUGACCCG